AUGAGGACUCCAAAUGGGGAGAUAAAGGUGGGUUUGAAGAAAGGUGCAUGGGACCUGGAAGAAGAUCAGAAGCUGAUUUCGUAUAUAAACAGAUAUGGCAUCUGGAACUGGUCUCAUAUGCCCAAAUUCGCUGGUUUGUCGAGAAGUGGAAAGAGUUGUAGGCUUCGAUGGAUGAAUUAUUUGAAGCCUGACCUAAAGAAAGGGAGUUUCUCUAAAGAAGAAGAACGAAGCAUACUCCUUUUUCAUUCAAUUCUUGGCAAUAGAUGGUCUGCAAUUGCAUCAAGACUUCCUGGAAGAAGUGACAACGAAAUUAAAAAUUACUGGCAUACACAUCUAAAGAAACUUUUACCUAACAACCCUAUGCCUAAAAAACCCACGCAAAAUGAUAUGAACGUGUCAUCAUGUUUUGAAGCUCAUAAUGUUGAGAAAAUACAAGAGCAUGUUAAUCAUGUGAAUGAUAUCCCCAACCCCCUCUUCUCGUGGACAUCAGAAGAUGAUAAUUCUUCAUCCAACAGCGUCCCUACCCCCAAAGGAUAUGGAGUAGAAUUUAUAGCUGAUCAUCAUGACGUAAGUUCACCAGGAACAAUUGAAGAUCUUCAGUGCUUUUGGAGACAACUUUGCCCAUUCGAAAACUUGGAGCUCGGAAACAUUCAUCAGGAUAUGUUUUCUGACAACGUUUACAAUGAUGUGAUUGGCCCAUACAGCUUUCACAUUGAUGACUACGACACUAACCCAUCUCGCAUUUGACAUGAGAAUGUUAAAACCUUAGAUGGUACUGCUAGAAGUGGUGGGUUUAAAUCCUUUCCGUUUACCCAUCCAAAGAAAAUAAUGCUAUCAACUGUAAGAUUGAUUAGAUAUGUAUGUAGGUGUUUUUGAUUAGAUAUGUAUGUAGGUGUUUUUAGUCAUCUGUUUUUGUCUUUUCCGAGGCUAUGAUCAUGAAGUAGAUCUUAGUCAUCUGCGAAGUUUGUGCGUGAUUGUAUA